AUGACACAGGCAACGCCGGACUAUGAUACGAGUGACACCACAGCGACACACAGAGCCAGACUUUACCAUCUUUUCGGACUUAUCGAUAAGGAGUUUGAUGCUUUGUAUGCCGAAAACUGCGCUUUACGUGCCAAAAUCGAAGCCCUAGACGUCGGAGGUGAUGGCGACGUUUCUGUGCUGCAAGGAGACCCAUUCACGCCAGUUAAUGAAAGCGUCAAAAGUGGUGGAAGCAAAAGAGCCAUGCAUGUGGGACAGAAGUUGCGCACUGCUCUGCGUGGUCCUCCUGGACGUUUGGUUUUCAAAGUAGGCGGAUCAGACGGCGAGCGGUUUCGACUUAUCCGGCGUUUCGAUGGUCAUCGCGAUGGUGUUUGGCAUGUGACUGCAGAUACGACACGCAGUAUUUGCGGCAGUGCGAGCGCAGAUCAAUCGGCGAAGAUCUGGUCUCUAAAUUCUGGUGCGUGCUUAUUUUCCUACGUCGGCCACAGCGGUUCAGUGAACUGCAUAGCGUUUGCGCCACAAUCGGAGAAUCCUGCUGCUGAUGUGACUGUUGCUACUGCUAGUGGCGACGAAUCCGCCCAUAUCUGGAAAGUCACAAUAGGAUCGCAAGCAGUCUUGAGCUCCGACGAUGAUGACGAGGACAAAGCAGCUGACAGUUGCCCAUGUGAAAGCGAAACGACUCAACAGCAGUCAUCUGAAGGCAUCCGGAUCAAAAACCCACUGAUGCGUUUGACUGGACACACUGGUGUUGUAAUCGGAUGCGACUGGCUUGCAGGUGGCAGUCAGCUAUGUACAGCAAGCUGGGAUCGCACAGCAAAUAUAUAUGAUGUUGAGCGAGGAGAGGUGCUGAACAUUUUGAGUGGACAUGAGAUGGAAUUGAAUCACUGUUCUGCUCAUCCCAGUCAGAAACUUGUCGUAACAUCAUCAAAAGACUCUACCUUCCGAUUGUGGGACUUUCGUGAGACUAUACAGUCAGUCGCGGUUUUCCAAGGGCACCAGGAAUCUGUCAGUUCCGUGGCAUUUUCAACAGGUGACAGGAUAGUGUCUGGCAGCGACGACAGAACAGUAAAAGUCUGGGACUUACGAAACAUGCGUAGCGCUAUUUCAACGAUAAGAUUGUCAUCUGCAGCUAACCGCCUUUCUGUGAGCCGGUCCCAUGGCGCCAUAGCAAUACCUCUUGAUAAUCGUCAUGUCCGCGUAUAUGAUCUCGCUGGCAACCGCCUACCAAGAGUGCCGAAUAGACGGUGCCACUCGCGCAUGGUUUCUUGUGCCGCUUGGGCAGAUGAUCACCCGCAUAUCAACCUCCUCACUUGUGGAUUUGAUCGUGGGGUGGCUGGAUGGAAGGUUACGCUAGCAAAGGAAUGAGAUCGCAUGUCCAACGUUUGUGGAGCGACUAUCUCGUUCUCCUGCCUGCCGCACUCACAAUCAGACAGUCGGAACAAGCUGCGGGACCAUUGAAAUCUGUCCUACUUUUGCCCACGCACUGCUCUUCGUCAUCCUUUCUCUAUAAUGGAGAGAAGGCGUAAAACUUUUGAAGUUACACGCAUUAAUUUUGUGCCGUUCGACAAAGCUAUGUAAAUAAUCAACUGUAGAAUUUCACUUCUUCAACGCGAAUAUCGUAAAUGUUUGUUUUCGUAUAUUGUGAGAUAAAUCUUCACGUGCGUGACAGCCAUACAAAC